AUGCCACUCAUCUAUCGAAACAUUCACAUUUCUGCCACUCAUCCAUCGAAGCAUUCACAUUUCUGUCACUCCCAUCUUUCUAGUAUAAUUCUUUCUAAAAGUUUACUUGAAGUAUGUUCUUACUACUCUGAAAUAUGGACCCAAGUUAAUGAAAAGUACUGUCAUUUUUCGAGUAGUGGUUACAUGGCUCCAGAAUACGCUGUUGAUGGAGACUUCUCAAUAAAAUCUAAUGUCUUUAGCUUUGGAGUCAUGGUGCUAGAAAUAGUAACUGGGAUGAAGAACAGAGAAUUUAGGGUCCUUUACCAUGGCCUUAAUCUUCUAGGACAUGCAUGGAGGCUAUAUAAUACAUGAUGAUCCUUGGAGUUGUUGGAUUCAAUGAUAAAGGAAUCAGCCAUUGUUCCUCAAGUGAUGAAAGCAAUUCACAUAGGCCUUUUGUGUGUACAAAGAUGUUGUGAAAACCGGCCAAAUAUGUCGAUGGUGGUAUUAAUGUUGGAAAAUAUGACCUCUUUGCCUCAUCGCCUACAUCAUCUACUUUACUUGAUAAAUCAAUUAACGAAACUAGCAUUACAUGACAUCUAUCCACGGUAGAUGAUGCGAUCUGGAGACA